UCAUUGCGGUCAUGCUGAUCUUCUUUCUGAUUUAUCGACAAAAAGCUUACACUGUGAUUUGGUAAUACCAAAAAGCAACAACAAAAGGAACAAAGGCAAAUGACCCAAACCCCAAUCCCCAUCCCCCAUAAAGCAAAAGCACUAAUAAAUCCCAUCUUAAUUAAUAGUACUUGCUUUUUUCCUUCCUAAAAUGCCACAUCGGGGUCGCCAUUCUUUUCUUCUUCGCGGAGCAACUUCUUUUGCUUUGCCUUUGCCUUUGCCCUUGCCCCACCCUGCACUCAAAGCAUCUCUUUUUCUCUCCAAAAGCCACAAGAUAUUUAACCCAGGAAGAAAUGACGAUACCAAAUUUUCUUUCCUUCGUUUCUGCUACUACUGCCAUUGCCCAAAGACGCAAAGUAGAAAAAAAACAGAGCCUUUGGUUGUGAACAAGACGAAGAAGAAGCUAUUAUCGGUUAGGGUUCAUGGCGAGCUCCAGUGGGCCGGGUCCAAUUCGGACGCAGUCAAAGAGGGUGUCUCGGGCUCAAACGAUGUUGGUGGAUAUUCCCAAUGAGGAUAACACCACUGCUGACAGUGAGCUGGUCCCUUCGAGUUUGGCUUCCGUCGCCCCUAUUCUACGUGUUGCCAAUGAAAUUGAACAGGAUAACCCCAGAGUCGCUUAUCUCUGCCGUUUCCAUGCCUUCGAGAAGGCUCACCAAAUGGACCCAACCUCAAGUGGACGAGGUGUUCGCCAGUUUAAGACUUAUCUGCUACACAGACUUGAGAGGGAGGAAGAAGAGACAAAACCUAUGCUUGCGAGAAAUGAUCCAAGAGAAAUCCAGUUGUAUUAUCAGCAGUUUUAUAUGAAAAACAUUGCAGAUGGCCAAUAUACAAAGAAACCGGAGGAGAUGGCUAAAAUUUAUCAGAUUGCUUCAGUAUUAUAUGAUGUUCUGAGAACAGUUGUGCCUGUUGGAAGAGUUGAUGAUGAGACUCAAAGAUUUGCUAAAGAGGUUGAGAAGAAGAAGGAGCAAUUUGAACACUAUAACAUUCUUCCAUUGUAUGCUGUUGGAGUUAAACCAGCUAUUAUGGAACUUCCUGAGAUUAAAGCAGCACUUCGUUCCAUACGAAAUGUGGAAGGCCUUCCUGUGCCCAGAGUUCAUACCACAUCCAACGUUCCUGAUAAUAUCCCUCAAGAGAGGGAAAAACCAGUAAAUGAUGUACUUGAUUGGCUUUCUUCCCACUUUGGAUUUCAGAAAGGAAAUGUAGCAAAUCAAAGGGAGCACUUAAUCUUGUUGCUAGCCAACAUUGAUGUUAGGAAAAAAGAGAACUUUGAACCUUACACUGUGGUAAAUUUUAGAACUGUACGGACAUUGUUGGAUAAAAUUUUCAAGAAUUAUCGUUCAUGGUGCAACUAUUUGCGCUUCAAGUCACACUUGAGGUUUCAGCAAGGUUGUAAUAGACAACAGCUGGAGCUCAUCUACAUUUCACUUUACCUUCUUAUCUGGGGUGAAGCUUCAAAUAUCCGAUUCAUGCCUGAAUGCCUUUGCUACAUAUUCCAUAACAUGGCAAAUGAUGUUUAUGGAAUUCUAUUUAGCAAUGCACAUCCUGUGAGUGGGGACACAUACCAAACUGCUGCACCAGACGAUGAAUCAUUUUUAAGGAAUGUAAUAACCCCUAUUUAUAACGUUCUCCGACAGGAAGUCAAGAGAAACAAAGGAGGCACGGCAAGCCACUCAAAAUGGAGAAACUAUGACGACCUAAAUGAGUACUUUUGGUCUGGGAAGUGUUUUCAGUUGAAGUGGCCUAUGAACUUGAAAGCAGAUUUUUUUGUGCACUCAGAUGAGCAGCCUCCUGCAAAUGAGAGAAACAAUCAAGUCGCCGUUGGAAAGAGAAAACCCAAAACAAAUUUUGUUGAAGCCCGAACAUUUUGGCACCUUUACAGAAGUUUUGAUCGAAUGUGGAUAUUCUUUGUAAUGGCUUUUCAGGCUAUGCUAAUUGUUGCAUGGAACUCCGGUCUUCUUGGCUUUUUGACGAGAUGUAUUCAGAAAGGUGUUGACUGUUUUAUUACUGCUGCUUUUCUCAAUUUUCUGCAAGCUACUCUGGACAUAAUUCUUAGUUUCAGCGCCUGGAGAAGCUUGAAAUUUUCCCAGAUACUCCGGUACCUUUUGAAAUUUGCUGUUGCAGCUUUUUGGGCAGUGGUUUUGCCAAUUGGCUAUUCUAGUUCUGUACAAAAUCCAACUGGUCUCGUAAGGUUCUUCAGCAAUUGGAUUCAUGAUUGGCAGAAUGAGUCAUUGUACAAUUAUUGUCUUGCAAUAUAUUUGAUACCCAAUAUACUGGCUGCUCUCAUGUUUCUACUUCCACCUUUACGGAGAACCAUGGAGCGGUCCAACUGGCGAAUAAUCACUCUUAUUAUGUGGUGGGCUCAGCCAAAAUUGUAUGUAGGUAGGGGCAUGCACGAGGAUUUCUUUUCACUCAUGAAAUAUACAAUGUUUUGGAUUCUGCUACUGAUCAGCAAGCUAGCAUUCAGCUACUAUGUGGAGAUACUGCCACUAGUUGAACCGACGAAGAUAAUCAUGGAUUUGCAUGUGGAUAAUUAUCAGUGGCAUGAAUUCUUUUCAGAGGUAAAAACUCACAACAUUGGAGUCGUCAUUGCAAUUUGGUCUCCAAUUGUCCUGGUAUAUUUUAUGGAUGCUCAAAUAUGGUAUGCUAUAUUUUCUACUCUUUUUGGUGGGAUUCAUGGUGCUUUCAGCCAUUUGGGCGAGAUACGGACAUUGGGGAUGUUGCGGUCUAGAUUUGAAUCUGUUCCUAGAGCCUUUUGUCGUCGUCUUGUUCCAUCAUCAAAUCAUCAUAACAGAAAAAGGCUUCCUCUGGAUGAGGCAACAGAAAGAAAGAAUAUUGCAAGUUUUUCUCUGGUUUGGAAUAAGUUCAUUCUUUCUAUGAGGAUGCAGGAUCUGAUUAGCAAUAGGGAUAGAGAUUUGCUACUUGUACCAUCCUCAUCAAGUGAUGUCUCCGUUGUCCAGUGGCCCCCUUUCUUGCUUGCUAGCAAGAUUCCUAUUGCAUUGGACAUGGCAAAAGAUUUUAAAAAGAAGGAUGAUGCAGACUUGUUUAAGAAGAUAGCGGCUGAUGAUUAUAUGCAUUCAGCGGUCAUAGAAUGUUAUGAAACUCUCAGAGAUAUAAUAUAUAACCUUCUGGAAGAUGAAGCGGACAGGAUGAUUGUUAGAGAGAUUUGUUAUGAAGUCGACAUUAGCAUACAACAGGGAAGAUUUUUGACAGACUUUCGGAUGACUGGGCUGCCUGCACUCAGCAAUAGAUUGGACAAGUUUCUAGGGAUCUUGCUUUCUGAUAUGGACGAUGCUGAUACAUUCAGAUCUCAGAUAAUCAAUGUACUGCAGGAUAUCAUGGAGAUUAUUACACAGGAUGUUAUGGUCAAUGGCAGUGAAAUCAUUGGAAGAGCUCACCAUCAUGGUGGAAGUGCUCAAAAUGAUAGGAAAGAGCAGAGAUUUGAAAAGAUAAAUACUAGCCUAAUUCAACAGAAGAUGUGGAGGGAGAAGAUCAAUCGUCUAUAUUUGCUUUUGACUGUUAAAGAAUCAGCUAUAAAUGUGCCUCAAAAUCUGGAGGCUCGGCGCCGCAUCACAUUUUUUGCAAACUCCUUAUUUAUGAAUAUGCCAAGUGCUCCGAAAGUCCGUGACAUGCUUUCCUUUAGUGUUUUGACUCCAUACUACAAAGAAGAUGUUCUUUAUUCAGACGAGGACCUCCAUAAGGAAAAUGAGGAUGGAAUAUCAAUUCUGUUUUACUUACAGAGAAUAUAUCCAGAUGAGUGGAACCACUUUCUAGAGCGUGUGCCAUCUGUUGCAUCAAAAAAUGAGAAUGAUGAGCCUCAGAACAAUGAAGAAAUCCGAAAAUGGGUAUCUUAUAGAGGACAAACGCUCUCCAGAACAGUGAGAGGGAUGAUGUACUACAGGCAGGCUCUGGAACUCCAAUACUGUUUAGAGUUUUCAGAAGACUCUGCAAUUUUGGGAGGCUUCCAGGCCUUUGAGGAUGAUCCAAGAUACAUAGAACAAGCGCAGGCUUUGGCCAAUAUGAAGUUCACCUAUGUUGUUUCCUGUCAAAUCUAUGGGGCUCAGAAAAAAUCUUCUGACGCGCGAGACCGCAGUUGUUACCUUAACAUUCUAAAUCUCAUGUUAACGUAUCCAUCUCUGCGUGUUGCUUAUAUCGAUGAAAGAGAGGAGACAGUAAAGGGAAUAUCUCAGAAGCUUUAUUAUUCUGUUCUUGUUAAGGGAGGUGAAAAGUUGGACGAGGAAAUAUAUCGGAUCAAACUGCCAGGUCCCCCUACAGAAAUCGGUGAAGGGAAGCCUGAAAAUCAAAAUCAUGCAAUUAUUUUUACUCGUGGAGAAGCCCUUCAGACCAUAGACAUGAAUCAGGAUAAUUAUUUUGAAGAGGCUUAUAAGAUGAGAAAUGUUUUGGAGGAAUUUCUAAAACCUCGCCGCAAAGGGAGAGAGCCAUCAAUAUUGGGUUUAAGGGAGCAUAUAUUUACUGGAAGUGUUUCUUCUCUAGCUUGGUUCAUGUCCAAUCAAGAGACAAGUUUUGUUACAAUUGGGCAACGUAUACUAGCAAAUCCUCUGAGGGUGAGAUUCCAUUAUGGUCAUCCUGAUAUAUUUGACAGAAUCUUCCAUGUAACAAGAGGUGGCAUAAGCAAAGCUUCAAAAAUUAUUAACUUGAGCGAGGAUAUAUUUGCUGGGUUCAAUUCUACUUUGCGCGGGGGUUAUGUAACACAUCAUGAAUAUAUCCAAGUUGGUAAGGGGCGAGAUGUUGGAAUGAAUCAGAUAUCUGCCUUUGAGGCUAAGGUUGCCAAUGGAAAUGGAGAGCAGACACUCAGCCGGGAUGUUUAUCGGCUUGGCCGUCGGUUUGAUUUCUAUAGAAUGUUAUCAUUCUAUUUUACAACUGUGGGCUUCUAUUUCAGUAGCAUGGUUACAGUCCUUAUAGUAUAUGUAUUCUUAUAUGGACGUUUAUACAUGGUUAUGAGUGGACUGGAAGAAGAGAUUCUUGAGAAUGCAACCAUACGUCAGAGCAAGGCCCUUGAAGAAGCUUUGGCAACACAGUCCGUCUUCCAGCUGGGCCUGUUGCUGGUGCUUCCCAUGGUUAUGGAAAUUGGCCUGGAAAAAGGGUUCCGUACUGCUCUGGGUGACUUUGUCAUCAUGCAGCUACAACUUGCCUCUGUAUUCUUUACUUUCCAGCUUGGUACAAAAGCACAUUAUUUUGGAAGAACUAUCUUGCACGGAGGUUCUAAAUAUCGAGCUACUGGUCGUGGCUUUGUUGUUUUUCAUGCAAGGUUCGGGGAUAACUACAGGUUGUACUCUAGAAGUCAUUUUGUAAAAGGGUUGGAGCUUCUCAUUCUCUUGGUCCUCUAUGAAGUUUAUGGGGAAUCCUAUCGCAGUUCAAGCCUUUUUAUGUUCAUAACAGUCUCCAUGUGGUUCCUUGUUGGCUCCUGGUUGUUUGCCCCUUUUGUGUUCAACCCAUCUGGUUUUGACUGGCAAAAAACAGUGGAUGACUGGACAGAUUGGAAGAGGUGGAUGGGAAACCGCGGUGGUAUUGGUAUCCAGCCAAAUAAAAGUUGGGAAUCAUGGUGGGAAGAAGAACAAGAACACCUUAAAUUCACAAAUAUUAGGGGAAGGCUGCUUGAGAUUAUCCUUGCAUUUCGCUUCUUUGUUUACCAAUAUGGGAUUGUCUACCACCUUGAUAUAGCUCAUCACAGCAAAAACAUUUUGGUUUAUGGACUUUCUUGGCUUGUUAUGCUAACGGCACUGGUAGUGUUAAAGAUGGUAUCAAUGGGUAGGCGGAGAUUUGGUACCGACUUUCAACUCAUGUUCAGGAUUCUCAAGGCACUUCUAUUCCUUGGGUUUUUGUCGGUCAUGACUGUGCUAUUUGUAGUAUGUGGACUAACAAUUUCGGAUGUGUUUGCUGCCACCCUUGCCUUCUUGCCCACUGGAUGGGCAAUUCUCCUCAUUGGACAAGCAUUGAGGCCAGUGUUGAAAAGCUUAAAAUUCUGGGACUCAAUAAAGGAGCUUGCAAGGGCAUACGAGUAUAUCAUGGGUCUGAUAUUGUUCAUGCCCAUAGCUAUCUUAUCAUGGUUCCCGUUCGUGUCCGAGUUCCAAACCCGAUUGCUCUUCAACCAAGCAUUUAGCAGAGGACUCCAGAUUUCGAUGAUCCUUGCUGGAAGAAAAGAGAAAGACCACAUCUCCCCUAUCAAGUAUGCUUGAAAAUUCUUUUGCUGUCCAGCAGCCAUUGUUAUCCUUUUUGUAAGCUUUUUUAGCAUUGCUUAUGACCAACUUAGUAUUUAUUAACGUCUUUCAUCUUUUAAGCUUUGUGGUCGCCAUUAAUCUUUCAUGCAAUCUGAAAAAUGUAAACAAAUAUAUGUUUGCAGAUUC